AUGGCAUUCGGAGAGGAGGUUGACGACAUUACGGAGACGGAUGCCGUACACCUUAUCGCCUCGGCUACGAAGCUCGUGACUACCGUUGCUGUACUGCAAUGCGUAGAGAAGGGACUAUUGGACCUCGAUGCAGAUGUUUCAAAAAUCUUACCGGAGUGGGAAAACCCUCAGAUUCUUACAGGUUUCGAUGAAAAUGACGGACCCUUGCUCCAGCCUUCUGAGAAGGCUAUCACCCUUCGGCAAGUCAUUCGCCCACACCUCCUGACUCACUCGAGCGGCAUGACGUAUACGUUCAUGGAGCCCCUCUUGACGCGUUACGCCCAGCUCCCAACCGUGGAGCCUCGGAACCCGCACUCCGUUAAGGAAAAGUUCUUCACAUUUCUGGUGUUCGAGCCGGGCAGCCGCUGGAUAUAUUCCCCAGGCGUAGACUGGGCAGGCCUUAUGGUCGAAAGAGUGACUUCCAUGAGACUGGGUGACUAUAUGAAGCGUCAUAUUUUUGACCCCGUCUCCGCCAAAGACAUCACCUUCCACAUGGAAACUCGCGGAGACUUGCAAUCUCGAUUGGUGAAUCAGUGGGAGCGACAUGGCGAAACUCUCCGGAGGCCAGAAAAGCCCUUGUGGCCGGCACAAAUCAACGAGGAUCUCGGCGGCGGAGGCUUAUAUGCCACAGCGAGCGCGCUGCUCAACAUCUACCAGGGCAUCCUGAACGGGAAACUUCUCCAUCCAGCGACCGUCAAGGCUAUGUUUCAGCCGCAGCUGGAAAGCGUCGAUGGACUCGAAAGUCGAGAAGGCUAUUCGUCAUCCUACCUCAACGCAGUUUUCAACACCGUCCCUGACAAUGUCUCUGUGAACUUUGGACUCGGAGGCCUCCUUAAUCUUGAUGCCAUUCCGAAUCGACGAGCAGCUCGUUCCUUGACAUGGUCUGGGAUGCCGAAUUGCUAUUGGUGGGUCGAUCUCGAGAACGGCGUGGCUGGUGUUUACCUUUCGCAACUGGUUCCGACUGGAGAUGAACAGGCCGUGAAGCUGUUGGCCAAGUUUGAAGAGUUUGUCUACGCAAGCCUUGAUGAUAUGAAGCACCAGUAA